AUGAUAAAGGCAUUAUACAAAAGUAUUGUAAAUUUUUUAUUGUCAUCCUUUUUUGAAAACAUUGAAGAAAAACAAUUACAAACAUCAUUAAUACGAGGAAAAGUUCAUUUGCAAAAUGUAAAAAUAAAAAAAAAUUUUUGUGAUUUUAUAUAUUUACCUUAUACUAUCAAAUAUGGUUAUAUUCGUUCCUUGGACUUACAAAUACCACUCUUGUAUUUGUUUCAAAAAGCUUCUUUAAAAGUAAGCGACGUUGUAAUAGUUUUGAAGGAAAAACAUUUCAGCGAAUAUAACAUAGAAGAAGAAAUAAAUGGAAUAAAAGGAGGGAAAAAGAAUAAUUUAAAACUUGAAGAUUAUAAUUAUAAUAGUAAUGAUACGAAUCAGAAAAUUAAUAAAGGUUUAAAUUAUUUAUUUUAUGAAUUAUAUAAUAAUAUGUCUAUUGAUAUUGAAAAUGUAGAAAUUAUAUUAGAAAGUUCUGAAAAGACUACUAAUGUUAUUGGAUUGUUUGUAAAAAAGAUAAGUAGUGUUAAAACUCAUAAUUGUACAAAUAAAAUAAUAAAAGAUUUUUCUUUUGUGGAUGCUAUUUUUUAUAUGAAUGAUGAAAAAGCGAAAUAUGCAAUUAAUAAAAUUAUAAAAAAAGAAGAAAAGAAAAAAAAAAAUAAAAGAAAUAUUAAUGAAGAAGAUAUAUAUAAUAAAAUUAAAUAUAUUUGUAAUAAUUUACAUAAAAAAAAAUAUAUAAUUUCAGAAAUACCAUCCAUUGUUUUAAGUACAAGUAUGUAUGUUAGUAAUAGUACUGAUUAUUAUUAUCAUAAUUCAAAAUUUCUUUUUAAAAAAAAUAGCUAUUUUAAUAUUACAUGUACACAUUGUGAUAAAUAUCUUUUUCAAUGUAAAGAAGUGAAAAAAGAUAAAUCUAUAUUUCAAAAUAUAUUCAUAAAGAAAGAAAAAAUUCAACAAAGAAAUAAACAGCUCUAUAGUGAAAUUAAUUGUAAGUGUAAGAAAAAUAAUAAAAACAUUUUACAGACUCACCAAUAUAUAAAUUGUACGUAUAAUUCAGAUCAUAUACCUGAGUACUCUCUUAAGGGCACUAAUGAAAUGAAUAAAAAUAUUCCCCCUGAUCUUGACAGCAUAAAUGUGGGACACCCUAAGAUUGAUGAUAAUAAUGAAAAUAAUAACCAUGAUAAUAGUCAUAAUGAUAAUGAAAAUAAUAACCACGAUAAUAGUCAUAAUGAUAAUGAAAAUAAUAACCAUGAUAAUAGUCAUAAUGAUAAUAUAAAAAAUAACCACGAUAAUAGUCAUAAUGAUAAUGAAAAUAAUAACCAUAAUAAUUAUCAUAAUAAUUAUCAUAAUAAUUAUAAUAAUAAUUAUCAUAAUGAUAAACAUAAACAUAAUUAUAAUCAUCGUAAUGGUGGUGUCGGACAAAACAAUACAGGUGAUAACAAUAUUUUAAAUAAUACAUUUAAUAAACAUAACGAAGAAAGAACUGUAGAAGAGAAAGAUGAAAAAAAAGGUGAAGAUUGCAUUGAUUGUAAUUGUAAAAAAAAUAUUAGUGAAGAUCUUGAUAAUUGUUUAUAUUGUAGGAUUAAUAAUAAAAAUCAAUCUUAUAUUGAAAAAUUUCAUAUGUUAGAAGAAAAUAUAAAUUUAAAAGAAAAUGAAUAUAUGACCUUUGAGUUGAAUGUAGAUAAAAUAGAUUUAAUAUUAUCAUUCAAGCAAUUCUAUUAUAUCUUAGAUAUUGUAAAUUAUUAUUUUAUAUAUAGUUGUCUUGUUAAUGGUUUGUGUAUAGAAGAAUGGUUAAAUAUCCCAGAAAUUAAUGAUAUAUUAAUUUAUAAAAGAGAAUUAAUAAAAAAAAAGAAAAAAGAAAAAUUUGAUAAAGAUUUUAUAGAUAAAUUUGAAUAUACACAUAGCUUUCAAAUUAUUUCAAAUAUAAAAAAACAUGUCGAAGAAUAUUCUUUAGACAAUAAUAAAAGGAAAAAAAGUAUAAGAGGAACAGGCGAAGAUUUAUCAACACUUCUGAAUAGUAAUCAUAACAAUGAACAUAAUCAUCAUCACAAUGAAUAUAAUCAUAAAAAUGAACAUAAUCAUCAUCACAAUGAACAUGAUAAUAACCAUGAAGAUAAUCAUCACAAUGAACAUGAUAAUAACCAUGAACAUGAUAAUAAUAAUAAAGUGACAAAAUCACAAUCCACGUCGUCUCAUUUGUCAAACGUAUCAACAUGGAAUAAACCUUUUUUUGUAUAUAAUAAAAAAAUUUCAGUAAAUUGUUCAUUUAACAUUUUAAUUAAAAAAUUAAAUUUUUGUUUAUGUAGUGGGGAUAAAAUAAAUAAAAUUAUACAAAUUAAUAUGGAUGAUUUUAAUUUUAAUGUUAAAUCUUAUAUUAAUGCUGAUUUUGCAUAUUCUUUAUUGUUAAAAGAUAUGAGUAUUUUCUUUAUACAUAAAGAUAAAAAAUAUCCUUUGUUUGAAUUAUUUAAUGUUAAUGAAUAUAAUAAAAAAGAAGAUAAGAAAAAAGAGAAUAUGAAAGUAAAUAAAAGAAAAAGUAAAAAUUAUAUAUUCAAUACACACUUAUGUAAUGAUGCGAUGACUUCUUUUAAAAGCGUUUCAUCUAUAAUAAAUGUUCCAAGUAAUAUAAAUAAUAUUAAUGAUAAUAUAAAAAAUGAUAAUUAUAAUAAUAUAUAUAAGAAUAAUGAAAAAAAUGUGAAAACUGGAAAGAAAUGUAGUAAAUAUGUUGACUGUAGAAAUUUAGUGGAAAUAAAUAAUAGACAUAAUGAAUAUUCAAAAGAAAAGAAAAAUUUAACAAAUAUAAAGAAUGACAAUAUUAAUAAUAAUGAAAAUAAUUAUUAUGAUAAUAAUAUUAAUAAUAAUAAUAAAGAAGAAUAUGCAAUAUCAUUAUUAACCUUUACUAAAUAUGAAACUACACAAGCUAAAACAUUUAUAAAAUUGAAUAAAAAUAUUCUUAUAACAUUAAGUGUUAAAGAAAUUUAUAAUAUUUUAAAUAUUAACUGUGAUUAUAAACCAGUCGAUUUAGAAAAAAAAUUGAAAUCUUAUAAAAUUUUAUUUUAUUAUUAUCUUCUAGGAAAAAAAUAUUGUAAAGAAUUAUAUAUGGCAUCAGAUAAAAAUUUUGAAGAUAUGAAUAUACACUUUAUGCAUAAUAUCUAUUUUAAUAUAAUAAUUAAUAAAAAAUAUAAUUUAUUAUUUAAAAUGAAAAAGGGACUUGUAAAUUCUUUCUUCUUUACAAAGAUGUAUUUACAUUGUGAUUUGAAGAAACUAACUAUGAUAACAGACCAUAAUGAUAUGCAACAAAAUAUUGAUAACAAAUUAGUUGAUCAAUAUACUGAACAAAUGAAAGAAAACUGUUCGUAUGAGAAUAGUCAAGCUUGUAGUAAUACAAGUAGUGUGGGUUUUACAAACGAGGACCAAACAAAAAGAAGAAAUAAAGAAAAAAAUAAUCUAAAUUUAAAUUUAAGUACGAAUGACGAUGUAAUAAUUAAUAAAAAUGAAGAAAAAGAAAAUGAAAAUAAAGAAAGUAAUAGGAUAGAGCAUAUGAAACGUGAUAAUUCUAUAUAUUCAAAUGAUAAUUGUAGUAUAGGUACUCAUAGUGACCUUUUUAAAAAUUCGGAAUAUAAUUCUAUGAUUAAUAAUAAUAAUAAUAACAACAAUAACAACAACAACAAUAAUAACAAUAAUAAUAAUAACUCUUUUAUAAAUAAUGAUAAUACAAGUAUUGAUAAUAAGGUGUCCAUGCAAUGUAGAAAGUAUUAUCAGGAGUUUUUAAAAAUGAAUAAUUUACAAGAUAUUAAAACAAUUAGAAAAAUAGAAAAAAGGGCAAACCAAAAUAACACAAGCAAUAAUAAUAAUAAUAUAAAUAAUAUACACAAUGUAAAUAAUACACAGAAUAUAAAUAAUAUACACAAUAUAAAUAAUAUACACAAUAUAAAUAAUAUACACAAUAUAAAUAAUAAUAAUAAUAAUUAUUAUGAUUAUAUUUAUAGUCAUAACAAUAUCCAUAUUAAUAAUCAUGCGGUUAUCCACAAUAACAGCAAUUAUAAUAAUAAAAAAACAAACAUGAUUCCAAACAACAACAAAUAUGAUGAAUAUAAUGAUAAACACAGUUUUCAUAGCGAAAAUACAGAUUCAUAUAGUAAUUCGAAUAAAGAUGAUUAUCUAAAUGAAGAUCUAAAUUUAUAUAAAGAUCAUAUGUAUAUACAAAAUUGUAUAACGGAAAAAAAAGAUAAUAUAAUUACUACAAUUUAUCAGAAAAGAACCAAUUUUGAACUUUCUCUUUUUAUUCUUAAAAAUAAAAAUAAUGAAAAGAUACAAAAUAUAUUAUCUCAUAAAAAUAAAGUAAAUAAGAAAUAUAUAUUAAAACCAUUAAAAAUAUAUAUUGAUGAAAUUACAUAUAAUUUUAAAAAUUCUAGUGAUAAGAAAAUAACCUUUUUUCAUACUAACAAUUAUAAAAACUAUCUAAAUUUUACACUUGAUGAUAAAAUUAUAUUCAAACUUAUAUUCUUUUAUUAUCAUUAUAAAGAUUAUGUUGAUCAUAUUUUUGAAAAGUUUGAAAGCAAAGAUGAAUCCAACUAUUUAAAUUUAAAUACAAUAGAUGUACGUAGUUAUAAAACUUUACAAAUUUUAUUAGAUAAUGCUGUUCAUAAUAAGAAUGAUCACUGGUUCAAUGAACAAAACGGUGUUCAUGAUAAAGAUCAGCAGAAUAAAGCAACAAUAUAUUAUAAACAAAAUGAGCAUGAUAUCAAAAUUGAUGAUAAUAAUGAGAAGGAGAAUAACGAUCACAUAGAUGAAAAUAACAAAAAAAAAAAAAAAAUAAAUAAUAAUAAUAAUAAUAAUAAUAAUAAUAAUAAUAAUAAUAACAAUAAUAAUAAUAAUAAUAAUAAUAACAACAAUAAUAAUAAUAAUAAUAAUAAUAAUAAUAAUAAGGUGGAUGGUCAAAUCGAAUGUUAUGAAAAUGUUACAGAAAAAGAGAUACCAAGUAAUGUACCCAAUUUAAAUAACUUAACAAAUGAAGCUUCAAACGAUAAUCAUAAUAAAACUAUUGAACAUAAUAAUAAUUUUUGUGAAGAACACAAAAAAAAUGAUUUAAUAAAAACAUCCUUUAAUAUUACUCAUUGUGAAGAAGAAAGUGUAAAUAAAAAUAAAUGUACGGAGGAAGAUAAAAAUGAAAUAAAAGGAAAUGAUAAAAAAAAUGUUGAAAUGUGUAGAAAAGAUACAUUAGAUUAUGUAAAAGAAGAUAUAAAUAAAUAUAAAAUGUAUAUUAAUGAAAAUAAUAAAAAAGAAGAAGAAUAUUCACAUAAUAAUAAUAAUAAUCAUCAUCAUCAUCAUAAUAAUAAUACGUUGAAAGAUGAUACAUCAAAUUAUAACCAUGUACAAUAUUUCCAUGGAGAAAAAAAAGAAAUAAUAUGUUUUAUAAAUAAAAGCAAAAUACAUUUUAAUAAUUAUAAAAAAAGUAAAAGAAUGAUAUCGAUACAUUUAUCAGAUGUCUUAAUGUAUUUAUUUAGUGAUAAUAAUAUUACAAACUUUUUAUUUAAUUUAAAAAAAAUUAAUAUAUUAAAUUGUUUAUCACAUGAAGAUAGUUAUAAUAGUUUCUUUUCAUAUAUACAACAUAAAAAAUUUUCUACACAUAGAAUAAGUAAAAAAGGAUCAAAAUUAAGUGAUAAAAGAAAAAGUUCAAGUUCAAAUGUGAAUGGAAUUUAUUUUUAUAAUAGUGUUUUUAAAUUAAUUCAAAAUGGAACCUUUCUUUUAAAAUAUUCAUCAAAGAAUAAUAUUUCAUGCUUAUCUUCUCUACAUGUAAACCCAAAUCAUAAUCAUUAUAUAGAAAAUAAUAAUUCAAAAGAAAAAAAUUAUUUUCUAAAUAAUAAUAAUAAUAAUAAUAAUAAUAUGGAAAUAGAAGAAACUACUGAAUUUCGAUAUUUUAAUACAAAUAAUUUUGAACAACUAAAUAACACAUCAGGAAAUAAAUCUAUUGAUGGAUCCAAUAUGAAAAUUAAUAAUAGUCUUGAUUUUGUUCAUAAGAAUUAUUAUAAUAAUUUGAAUAAUGACUAUUUUAAUUUUAAUGUACCUCAGGAUUCUAAUAAACGAAAGGAUGCCACAAAUUCUCCAAGUAAUGUUAGUAAGAAAAGUGGGGAAAUCAAAAGUAGUCACAAGAAUGAACAAAGUAAAGAUAAACAUAUGAAUGAAAAUAUUAGAGGUAGUCAUAGAAGUUAUAGUACUCAUCAAAGUUAUAGAACUCAUCAAAGUUAUAGAACGCAUCAAAGUUAUAGAACUCAUCAAAGUUAUAGAACUCAUCAAAGUUAUAGACGUCAUGUUAAUAAUAGUAAUAUACGAUGUAGUAGCAGUCCAAGCGAAAGAACACACAUCUCCAAAAAAGAUGAAAUAAAAUUCAAUAAAGAAAACAUUAUGACAUUGUUAAAUGAUUUUACAAAUAAUGAAAAAGAAAAACAUCAUGUUAAAACAAAGAAGAAACAAAUCAAAAGAAGUAAAAGUAAAGAACCAUUUGAAGAUAUAAUAAAUAGUAAUACAAAAAAAACAAAUGAUAUAGAACAUAUUUGGGAUGAACAAAAUAAUCAAAACAAUAAAGAAAAUGAUAAUGUUGUAAACAAAGUACAGAAAAAAAGUAUUAUUACGGAAAAUUAUAUACGUUAUAAAAGUUGUAUAGAACAAAUUGAUGAUAUUGAUUAUAAUAAAGAAUCGUUACAAAAUGAAAAAAACAUAGACAGAAAAAGAAAUAUUAUAUAUAAUAAUAAUAAUAAUAAUAAUGACAUUCAUACUGAUCAUAUAAAUAUGAAUACUACUACUUGUAUUCCUAUAAAUGAAAAAAACUUUGUUAUACAAAGAAAUAAAAAAAGUUCUCAAUACUAUAAUGCAAAAGAAUAUAAUGAUUCAAAUAAAAGGAGAAGAAAUAAUUAUAUAUUAACUGGAGAGGUAAAUAAUAUAAAAGGUUAUAAUAAAUAUGAUAUGCAUUCAUCACAUGUUAAUAAUAUGAAUAAUUCAUUAUGCUCAUCAGCUUAUCAUAAUAUGAAAUAUGAAAAAUAUAAAAAUGAUGACGAAUUUUAUGAAGCUGAAGAAGAUGAAGAUGAAGAAAAUGAUAUAGAUAAUCAAGAAGAAGAAUAUAUUGAUAUGAAAAAAAAAGAAAAUGAAAAUAUUAGUACUAUUGAAUUUCAUAUGAUUCAUAGUGAAUUUAUUGUAGAUUAUUUAUAUUUUAUAUAUUUAUUUAAAUGGAUUAAUAAAUUAUAUAGAAAAUAUGAAAAAAUUAAACAACUCUCAGAUUUUGCGUAUUCAAAUAAUAAUAGUACAGAUGAUGAAGUAAGUAAUAUUAAUGUGUCAAAAUGUAAUUAUAUUUUUUUCUUACAAAAUAAUAAAAUUUAUGUACCAAUAUACACUUAUUCAAUAUCACAAUAUAAUUAUUAUAAUAGUUUAAAGGGAACCUCUUAUGUAUCCUUAUUACCAGUAUUAGAGUUACAUUUCUCAUGUUCCUACAAAUCUAUGAACGAAAACGAUGAAAAUGUCAAGUCGAUAAACGUGCGAAAUUUGGGAAGCGCUCUUGUCAUUCCAAGUAUUAACAUUUACAAACAUAAAAAAAACAAAAAAAGCAAUAUAUGUGUAAUAACGUUUAAUAGGAAGGAUAAGAAUAAUGAAAGUAUUAUUAACGAUUUAAGAUUUCAAAUAAAUAUGAGAAGAAAUUAUAAUUAUGAAAUUAUAGAAAAUGAAAAUGAUAAUAGUAGUAGUUGUAAUCAUAUGGAGAUUCCAUAUUAUGAACCUAAAUAUACAUCAUUAAAUACAUAUUGCACAGUUAUAUCUAAAGAGCAGAUAUAUUCUGAAAAGAAUAACAUUAAGAAUAAUAAUAAUAAUAAUAAUAAUAAUGAUAAUAAUAUAAUUAUGUAUGAUAAUAAUAUGUAUAAUUAUCAUGGUUGCCAUACUAAAACAGGAUCAUAUCCAAAAAAAAUUAUUAGCUUCCAUUGUGAUCCUAUAAUUUUAAAUUUUUCAAAAGAUAUAUUAAAAAAUUUACUUAUAUUUUAUAAUACAUUUUGUUAUUUUAUAAAUAAUUGUAGUAAAAACGAUGAUACAGGUAAUGAUAGUAAUAUGAUUAGAGAUAUGCUAUAUUAUUUAUACAACCAAAGUAGUGAUAUAUUAUUUGAAUAUUUUCUUGAUGAUAUACGUUUAAAUUGUUAUGAUGGUAAUAUUAAUCGAAAUGUACCUCUGAUAGUAGUUAGUUUGUUUAAUUUAAAAUUCUUUUUACAAAAGGAUAUAAUAAGUAUAUAUAAUUUUUUGAAUUUUUAUUUAAAUAUAGAUAUAUAUGAUAGUUAUAAAAUAUUAUAUGAUACGUUAUUAGAAAAGAUGGAAAUAUAUAUAACUUUUGAAAAUAAUAGAAAUAAAUUGAAUAUAUUAAAUUUAACUUUAGAAACAUCCUAUAUUAAUAUUUUAUAUACAAAUAAAAGUAAAAAUAUAUUAAUAAAUUUUCUUGAGCCAAUAUUAAAUAAAAAUUUUUAUUAUCUCAGUUCAUCAUAUUAUAAUAAUUUGGAUAUUACAAAAAAUAAAAGAAGAAAACGAAGUAUUUAUCAUCAUCAUAAUCAUAAUUAUCAUCAUGAAUGUUAUGAAAAUAAUAUUUUAAUUAAAAAUACAAAAGGAAAAUCUUCAGUUUCACAUAUAACAUCUAAACUAUUUAAUUAUACAGGUUUACCAAUAAAUGUAAGAUUUAAACAAUCAUUACGAAAUAAAAUACAAAACAAUAGUUUAAAUAAUAAGAAUAAAAAUAAAUAUCUAUUUUAUGAAUUACAAAAUAAUGAGCAUGGGGCAUUAUUAAAUGAUGAAAAUGGAGAAGUGUGUGAAGUGGUAGUUAUUAUAAAAAUAUUUAAUUAUAUAUUUGAAAUAAUAGAUAUAGAAAGAAAUAAAAAUACAUGUGAUAUUAGAUUUUUACCUAUAAUAUAUGAAUUAAAAAAAUAUAAUGAAAAAAAAAAAAUUACUAUUAAAAAGUAUGAUAUAAAUUAUGAUAUAUAUAAUGAAUACUCAUUAAAAAAUAAAAUAUUUAAAACAUUUAUUAAAUUAUAUAUACAAACAAAUAUUGAUGAAAAGGGAAUAGUCUCAAUAUAUUUCUCAUCAAAUCUCUUCAUUAAUAAUUCAACAAAUAGUGAUUUUGUUUUAUUGUUUCACCCUGUACUUUAUUAUUUUAUGUUAUUUAAUGAGCACUCUACAAACACUAACAAUAAUAAUAAUAAUAUAAACAACAACAAUAAAAAUGAGGAGAAUAAUGGGGAUAAUAAGGGGGAUAAUAAUGAGGAUAAUAAUGAGGAUAAUAAUCAAGAUAACAAUCAAAAUAAUAAUCAAAAUAAUAAUGAAGAUAAGGAUAAGGAUUGUAGUAGUGUCCAUAAUAUUAAUAAUGUGGAAAGCGAUUCACAAUUAAAUAUAAACUUUUUCAAAAAUCCUAAUUACCAUAAUAAUAAUGACAAAGGUACAAAUAUAACAAUUAUUAAUUCUAAUGAAAGGUAUUUUUUACCUCUUAUUUCUUUUAUACCUAUUAUUAUUUUAUAUGAUUAUUUAAAGAAAAAAAAUCAAAUCGAAGAAAAUAAUUACCCUGACAAGUAUCCAAUUAAUUCUAAGAAUUCUUAUGUAACACCUGUCUCCAUGGUAUGUGAUUUAAAAGGAAGCUUGAGUGCAGAUAUAAAAAAAAAUAAUUUCAUAAAACGAUUUAAUUCGUUAAAUUAUAAUAUGAAUGUUUAUAAUGGCGAAGAGGAAGAAAUAUCUAAGCAGAAUGAAGCUAAUGAUGUAUUAAAUAAUACCCACGUGGAUAAUAAUGCCCAUGUGGAUAAUAGUAACAACGAAAUAUCUUGUAGAAAUGAUAAUGAAGAUAAAAUAUUAAGUUACAAGAAAAGAAUUACUUAUGAUUAUUCUUCAAUUAAUGCUUUAAAAAAAUUGUCAUACAAUAACUUAACACGUGCUAGCUGUUAUGUAAACUCCAGAAGUAGCGAAAUAAACUUUUGUAAUAUAAUAUCGAAUAAAGGAGAAAAAAGAAAUUUUAUGAACAAUGAAAAAAUAAUAGAAUCUGUUAAUUUGAAUGCAUUAAGAGAAAUUAAUAAAAUAAGAACUAAUAGAAUAUUAAAAAGAUUAGAAAAAUAUGUAAAUAAAAAAUGUAAUAGUAAGAAUAUGAAAAAUAUUAAUUAUAUUUAUAUUAUUAAAAAAGAAUUUUAUGAUUUCUAUAUUCAUAAAAAUGAAAAUAAUAAUAAAUGUUAUUUUGAAAUGUUUAAUUUUUUAAUAAAAAAUGGGGCCAAAAAAGUUUUAAAUAAUUCAAGUAUAAAAGAAAUUAUCUGUAGACAUUCCUUUGAUUUUUUAAAAUAUAAUUUAUAUGCACAAACAUUAAAAUUAAAAACUUUAAAAAUUAUAUGUUAUGAUAAGUAUAGUAGAUAUUUAAGGGAGAAGAAAAAAGAAAUAGAGGAAGCUAAAACGUAUAAUAAUAAUAAAAACAAUAAUAAAAACAACAACAAUAAUAAUAAUAUGAAGAAAAAGCAGAUUGGUGAUAUAUAUAUGAAAAAUUAUAAAGAAGAAAAAAACGAUAUAAAGGAAGAACAAGAAAAACAUGAUAAUAGUAGUAGUAUUGUGGUGUUAAAUAAAUUUCAUGAUUAUUAUGAUAAAAGAGAUAAGUAUUAUUUUGAGAACAACCACAGGAAUGAGCAUUACACAAGUGACUUAAAUAAUGAUGAUAAUAAUAAAUAUAAUAUCUAUGAUAAUAAUAAAUAUAAUAUCUAUGAUAAUAAUGAAAGUAAGAAUAAAAAGGAUGAUUAUUAUUAUAGCAUUCCUACUAAUCUUGAUAUUUCACUUAAAUAUAUAAAUCGAAAUGAAAGACACAUCAACAGUCUUCUAUUUAAUCAUAGUAAGAGAAAAUCUACAUUAAGCAACAUACUAAUAAAACAUGAUAUGAUUAAAAAUAGUGUAUCUAAACAUAUCCUUAAUAAUGAUUAUGCAUAUGAAUAUGAUAAAAAGGAAGAUAUAGAAUAUAAUUAUAAUAAUAAGGAUAAUUGUGAAAAAAAUGAAAAACAGAAUAAUAAUAUGAAUGAUGAUGAUAAUAAUAUAAAUGAUGAUGAUUAUGAUGAUAAGAAGAAGCAUCAUAUUAUCCAUUAUAAUAAUAAUAUUAUAAAAAAGAAAAGAAGGAAAUUUAUAUUUACGGCAAAGAAACAAAGUAGUUAUAGUAAUACAAUUAUAUGUGAACAAAAGAAUAUAGAUGUAAAUAAAAUAUAUUCCUUUGGUAUCUAUAUUGAUUAUAUAUUUGAAAUCCAUAACUUUAUGCAUGAAGAAAUGAAAAUUGGUUAUUGUCAGAAAUAUUAUAUAAACAGUAUACCUAAAAAGAUUAAAAGAAUUAAACGAGAAGAAAUAUCACCUAAAUCAAUAAAAUAUUUAGAUACGAUACCUAAAUAUAUAAAAUUAUUUUAUGUAUUAAAUAAUAAUAAUUAUAUAUUUAAUUUUUUUUCUAAAAAGAUUCAGUUAUAUAAAUAUGCUAAUACACCAGAUAAAAUUCAUCAAAUAAAAAUGUAUAUAGAAUAUAUUAAUGAUGAAAAUAAAAAUAUUAUAUAUAAGAAAAGAAAAUAUAAAUUAAAUUCUUUAUUUAAAAGAAAAUCAAGAAAUAAAAGGAAAUAUAAAUAUCUAGAAUCAAAAGAUUAUGAUAAAUUAUGUAAAGAAGUACCUAAGUUUUUUUAUCUUAACAUUACAUUUAGAAAGAAAACAGAUCAUUCAAAUAAUACAUAUUAUAAUGAAAAUAAUUUUAAACAUGUAAUAGACAGUAAUGUUUUGCAAUUAUUAAUUUAUCCAUCUUUCUUUUUUCAAAAUAAUUUAGAUAACGAUUUAAUAAUUAAAUCCAAUGGGAAUUUACAAAAAAUAAAAAGAAAAUCCAUAAUGUUUUUUGGUGAUGUUGAUAAUAGUAAAGUUAUAUUACAAAUAGUAUAUAAUAAUCAAAUAUUCCUUUCUAAAAAAAUAAAAAUAAAUCAAGUAUGUUUAAAUAAAAAAAUCAUCUUAACAAGUAAAAAUAGAAAAGAAAAUAUUUUCUUAUCUAUGAAUAUUACAUUAAAUGGUAAUAUCUAUAAUACAAAAACAAUUACUAUAAAUAAUAGAUAUACAAUUAUUAAUAAUACCAAUCGAACUUUAUAUGUUCAAGAGGUUAAUAAAGAUUUCAAAAUAAUUAAAAAAAAGGAAAAAAAAUAUAUGACAUAUUCAUUAUCUUUAGAAAAUUUAAGAAAUCAAAAUAAUCAUUCAAAUGAUGAAAAUAUGGAAAAAUUAUAUAUACCUAGUAGUAAUGAUCUUACUAAUAUAAUACAUAAUUAUAAUCAAAAAGAAAAAAAUAAAUUAAAUGAAAAAAAUGAAAAUCUAAACAAAAUGAAAAUCAAUAAACAAUCGGAUUUAACGUAUGAGCACGAAAAUGAUAAAACAAAAAUUUUGGAUACAUGUGAAAUUCCUGAUAAGAAAUAUACGGAAAAAAGUAUGACAAAAAUAUGUGAAUUUAAUAAAAAUCGUAUAAAAUAUAAUAAACAUAAAAAAUAUAACGACAAGAAAUAUAAUGAAAAGAAAUAUAAUAAUAAUAAUAAUAAUAAUAAUAUUACUACCCGUAGUAGUAAUAGUAAUAGUAAUAGUAGUAGUAGUAGUAACAACAACAGACCUAAUAUUAUUUCAAUUAAACCAUAUGAAUCUUUUUAUUAUCAUCCCAUUAACACAAAUAAAUGCUUCCUAACCUUUUCUUAUACAAAUAUUAUGGAAUGUAAAAAUGAUAAGAAUUUUUAUAGAAGAAGAGGCAGCUAUGAAUUUACACAUACACAAAAUGAAAUCACAAACUUGUUCAAUAAUUAUUUAAAAAAAAAAAUUAUGAAAUCUCAAAAUUUAUCUAUAAUAAAUGAUAAAGAAGAAAACAUAAAUAAAAGUCUACAUAAAAAUCAAGAAUUCUAUAAUUUAUUUUAUACUAGUCCUAUAGAAAUCGAAAAGGUAGGUAAUUACAAAAUUUUUCACAAGACAGUACAUAAAAUUGAUGUAACGUACAAUAAUGAAAAAGACGCAACCGAAAAUCACCCUACAUUUGAAGAUAAUAUUAUUCAAAAGGAAAUAAAACAACAAGACAAAGAAAUUGAAGAAGAAAUAAAAAGAGAAAUAGAAGAACUAGAAGAACAUCGUGAAAAGGAAACUAUUAUUGUAUUUUCGAAUUUGAAAGAUUCAUAUGAAAAAGAAAUGCAAAAAAAAAAAAAAAAUCAACAUAAGAAAAAUAACCUUCUUAAUAUAAAUUCGAAUCAUAUAAAUAGUAAUAAUAUUAUUAAUUCAUAUAAAAAUGAACAAACCACUCAAAUGAUUUAUAUACAACAAGAAUAUACAGAUAAUAUACCUGCUGACGAUGAGAAAAAAAGUUCGCAUAAUGAAACUAUACUUAUAGAUGAUUUAACAUUAUUUAAUAAAAAUAAUAAACAUAAUAUUAAUGAAAGGGAAAAUAAAGAAAGCAUAUUAUUUAAUGAAACGGUUUUGACAGUGGAUAAUAAUGAUACUGAACAUAUAAAAAACGAUUAUGUAAAUAUAAAAAGCAAUUGUGUUGUAAAUACGAAGGAGGAUUCUCAUAAUAAUUAUCAACAUAAUGGUUUCAAUAUAAGACAUGAUUCAUUUUGUGAAAAUUAUGUUAUAGAUUUUAAUGAUGAUGAUUCUUGUAUUCAUUUUAAAAAAAAUAAAAAUGUUAUAAAUACAGUAGAUGAUAUGAAUAAUAAUACGGUGAUUAUCCCUAUUAAAAGUAUAAAACAACUAGAAGGAGACGAAAAUGUACAUAAUAUAGAAAAUGAUGACACAGGUAUAAAAAAUAACAACAAUAAUAAUAAUAAUAAUAACAACAAUAAUAAUAAUAAUAACAACAAUAAUAACAACAAUAAUAAUAACAACAAUAAUAAUAAUCUCUUAUGUGAAUUAAAUAAAACGAGUGAUAAUAAAGAAAGAAUAAACACAAAACAUAUGUUUUUAUAUAAAGAAGAAAGUAUUAUUACAGAAAUUAAUAUAGCAUUAAAUAGUAAUACAAAUAUAGAAAUAAAUAUAUCUAUAGAAAAUAACCCAGAUACUAUUAUAUAUAAUAAAACAAACUAUUAUUUAAUAUUUUAUCAAAGAAAAACAAAUAAAAAAAUAGUAAAUUUGUUGAAACCUUUUGAUAAAGAAAUAUUCGGAUGGACUGAUGUUUGUAAACCUAAAGUUAUAAAAUGCUUUUUAAUUAUUCAAAAAAAUGAUGUGUAUGUAUUUUCAUGCAAUUUAAAUAUAGUAAAAGAACAUAAUAAUAUUAUAUUAAAUAAUAAUAGAAGAAUUAUAGUGUUAACCAAAAUUGAAAAUGGUAAACGAGUUUUUUGUUUAGAAGAAAUGAAUAUGGAAUUAUUAGAUUGUAAUGAAAAAUAUGAACACAAAAAAUCUCUAGCUCCAUUUUUUUCCGCAAGUAAAGGUUUUAAUAGAUUUAGAGAAAAGAAAAAAAAGAAAAUUAAAAGGAAAUUACAUAAAAUAAGUUUAUAUAAUAGUUUAAUCAAAUCAUCACAAAUGAGAAAGGAUAAGAAUAAAAGUAAAAAUAAAAAAAAAAAUAAAAAACAAAAAAAAAAUCAAAUGAAUCAAAUGAAUCAAAUGAAUCAAACGAAUCAAACGAAUCAUAUGUUACAAAAGAACAAACAAACUAAUGAUAACUAUUUAGUAAAAUAUAAAAAUGAAAAAUUUAAUAAGAAAUUACCAUUACUUAGUAAAAAACGUUUUAAUAUUGCAUAUUUAAAAAGAAAAAGAAAACAAAUAAAAAAAAAAAAAAAUAAUAAAUAUUUUCAUUUAAGUUCCUUUUUCCUAUUAAAAAGUAUGGAUUCAUCAAUCCAUAAAGAUGUUGAAAAAGAAAGGAAAAAACAAAAAGCAAAAAGCCCACAAGGAGAAAAAUUAUUCAAGGUAGAAAAAAUUGUACACAAUGAAUCUUAUAAUGAAUCGUAUAAUGAAUCGUAUAAUGGAUCGUAUAAUGAAUCGUAUAAUGGAUCGUAUAAUGGAUCGUAUAAUGAAUAUCAUAAUGAAAAUAAUGGCAAUAUAAAUUCAAUAAAGUAUAAUAAUAUUAUUAAAGAAGAAGAAAAUAUCAAAAAUAAAAAUAUAACAAGUAAUAAUAAUAGUAGUUUUAGUAAAAAAAAUAUUAAAUUAAAUAAUGUAUCUAUAAAAAAAGAUGAUAAAAAAAAAUCUACAUCAAAAUAUAAAAGCUUGAAUUCUAAAAAACAUAUUAAUAAAUUUUUUAAUGACAAUUAUGCAUUUCGAAAAAAAAAUAAAAGAAAAAAAAGUAAUAAAAAAAAUUUAUAUGUGAAUAAAAAUAAUGAAGACACAGAAACAAGUGAUUAUUAUAUAGAAGAACAUAAUGAAAACAAGAAAAAUAUCGAACGUUCUCAUGAUAGCAAUUCUUUUGAUAAUGAGGAAAGGAAAAAUAGUCUAGGCAUGAAAAAAUCUGAAGGAUAUAACGAUCUUUUUACUGUUAAGUUUAGAAAAAGUAUAAAUGAAAAUUAUAAAAUUGAUGAAUAUAAAGAAAAUUGUUUUGAAGACUCUAGUACAUAUAAUGAUUCAUUUUUAAGCAGUUCUUCAAAUGAUUAUAAUUAUAUUUCUAAUAAUAAUAAGAAGAAAAAGAUGUUUCUUAAUAGAUAUUAUGAUAAUAAAGAUGAUAAGAAGAAAUAUAGAGAAUAUAAUUUAAUAUAUAAUAAAGAAAUGAAAGCUAAAAAUAAUUUAAAAAAACCUAAGAAGAAAAUAAAAAGAAAACUUAGUGAUUUUAUAUUUACAAAAAUUAAAAAAAAUCAAAAGAAAUUUAAAGGACUUAGUAGAAUAUAUCCAAUGUUUAUAAAAAGUAAUAGAAGUGAUGAAUUUAAUGUUCUUAUAAGAAAUUAUUUAUCGGACAACGAUGAUAGUACUAGUAUAAGGAAAGAAUAUAAAAUUAUAAAUGAUAAUUAUAUAAAUAAUAAUAAUAAUAAUAAUAAUAAUAAUAAAGAUAAAGAUAAAGAUAAAGAUAAUGGAACUAUGAACUAUGAUUUAAAAACAAAUACUUAUAAUAAUAUUCUUCAUAAUAAUAAUUAUAGAUUAGAUAAAAAAAGUUUAUUUGAAGAAAAUAGAAAAAUACCUAUAAAAUUUAUAACAAAUUUAAAUGUAAUGUUACGUGGAAUAAAAAUUAGUUUAUUUGAACACACCUGUGAUUAUGUAAUAUCUUUUGAAAUAAAUGAAUUAUUAGUUACAAAGGAAUAUAUGGAAUAUAUAGAUUAUUAUAAUGUAGAUAUUAAAAUAAAUAAUAUUUUAUGUUAUGCUGUAUAUAAAUAUUUAAGUGCAUGUGCUGUAUUAUAUACAAAUAAUGAUAGCAACAUAAAAAAUAAUCACUUACGUAUGUUAAUAAAUGAAUUAAAAAUUAAAAGGAAUUUAUUUUUACAAAAAAAAAGAAGAAAUGAAAAUAAAAAGGAAUAUUGUGAUGUCUAUAUUGACAAAAAUAAUGACAAUAUUAAUAAUAAUGAUAAAAUUAAUAAUAAUGAUAAAAUUAAUAAUAAUGAUAAAAUUAAUAAUAAUGAUAAAAUUAAUAAUAAUGACAAUAUUAAUAAUAAUGAUAAAAUUAAUAAUAAUGAUAAAAUUAAUAAUAAUGACCAUAUUAAUAAUUAUGCAUAUAAUCAUGAUGAAAGAGAAAUGUACUCAUCAGGUUCAUCCAGAACAAGUUAUACAAAUAAAAAGAAGGGAUAUAAAUAUAAAAACAAUUAUAAUAAAAAAAAAAAGAAACAAGAAAAAAAUAUUUAUGAUAAUAAAAAAGCCAAAAAAAAAAAAAAACAAAAAGUAGAGAAAAAGAAAAAGAAUAUUUUUGUAAACAAUGAAUUUCUUAUAUGUAAUUUUCAAUAUGUAAGGAAAUGUGAAACAUUAUUUUUUAAAUAUUUCUUAUUAAGUUUAAAACCUAUUGUAAUUAAUGCAGAUAUUAAUUCUAUAACUAUAUUGUUCUAUUUUUAUAAAACGUUUUAUAAUUUUCAUACCAAAAAAAAUGAACAGGGUCAAGGAGUGCAAAAUGGAUUCAACACGAGUAAUUAUGAAAAGGUGCAAAUGAAAGAAAUAAAUAUGAUGAAAGAAGAAGAAGGAAAAAAAGAAGAAGUAUUACAAAAAAAAACCAAACAAGAAAUGGAGGAGAGACCUUUAAAAGAUUAUUAUUAUUAUUAUUAUUAUGAUUCAUCUAUGAAUAUAUUAAAUGAUCCAGAUAAAAAUAAAAAAUGUGAUAUACAAAAAAAUAGUAUGAUCGAAAAAAAUGAUAGUUUUUUUAUAAAUGAAAAUAGAAAAAAAAAAAUACAAGAUAUAAAUGGUGAUCAUAUUAUUGAUAAUAAUAUUUUAAGUCGAAUGAAAAAUAUGGAAUCAUUUAUUAUACAUGAAGAACAACAAAAAAAUGAUUUAUCUUUAACAGUACAUAAUAAUAUAUAUAAUGUAGAAGGAGAAUAUUAUAAUAUAAAAAAGAGUAAUAUGAAUUAUUAUAAUAAUAUAAUUAACAAUGAAAAGUCUGUUCAAAUAAAAAAAAAAACAACUGUUAUCGAAAAAAAUGAUAUUAAUAAUAAAUAUGUAUAUUUACAAUAUAUAAGUAUAGAUAAAAUAAAUAUAUUAUUAAAUUUCCAAUCAGAAUAUAAAAAAGAAUUAACAAAUCAUGUUAAUGAUUUAUUUUAUAAAGAACAUAUAAGUGCUUAUAAUAAAUUAGGAGAUAUAUCUAAUUGUAAUAUAUAUUUAAAAAGUUUAUCCAAUAUACAUAUCUUUACAAAUUAUAAUUUGUUAAUAAAUUUCCUACAAAAUUUUUAUUAUAACCAAACUAUAGUUAACCUAUCAAACCUAUUAAUUUCUUUUAAUAUUAUUGGAAGCCCUACAUCUUUAAUAGCGCAUGUUAAAAAUGCAUUUAAUGAAUUCUUUUAUAUAAUUAAUGAAGACACACUAUCCAAAAAGAACAAAUAUGAUGAUGACAAGGACAUGAAUGAUUACUCCUCAACAAAAUACAACAACAAGAACAAUAAUAACAAUAUUAAUAGUAUGCAUGGUAGUCAUAAUAAUAAUAAUAAUAAUAAUAAUUAUAUUUAUUAUAAUGAUUAUUAUUAUAAUAAUAAUUACAUGUAUCGUGGUAGUACUCUUAAUUAUCAUUAUUAUGAACAAGGUUGUGAUAAAUACAAAUUGAAUCGUAUAUAUAAUAAUAACCCUAAAUUAAGAAAAAAUAAUAAAGAAAGAAAAAAUAAAAUACAACAAAUUAAUUAUACAACCAAAAAAGAAGAGAAACAGAAUUUCCUAAAUUUAAUAGAUCAAUCGAGGGAAAGCUCAUUUAUAGAUGAAAAAUAUGAUUCCUUAAGCAAUGAUGAUAAAUAUAUUAUGCAUCUACUAAAUGAUUAUAAUUCGUCUUAUCAAAAUAAUUUAUUAAGUGAAGAGGAAUCUUUUGUUAAAAGGAAUUUCAGUUGGAAUUUUUUUAAAAAACAACAUACAAAUAAUAAUAAUUCGGAUGAUAACAAUUAUUUUAAUGAUUCUUAUAAUAACAUAAAACAUGAUAGUUCCGGGAACUUAAAUUAUAUGUACACAAAGAGUAUUAAAAAUAAAGAUUUACAUAAACUAGUAAUUGAUGAUAAUAACUCAUCUAUGAAUUCAUUCCUUUUUAAUAAUAAAAAAAAUGUUAUCAUAUUAGAUGAAGUUUCCAAAAAAAAGAAAAAGAAAUUACAAUAUACCAAAAAUUUUGAAGAAGAAAAAAAGGGACAUAUAUAUAUGGAUGACGACAUGUAUAUAGAUGUCGAUGUAGAUCUAAAUUCUUAUGGGGAAGGAAAAGAUACUACAAAAGAUAUAUCCAAAUAUCCACCACAUUUUAAAACAUCCUAUGAUGAAGAAAAAAAAAAAAGGAAAAAGAAAAAGUUUUCAACCGGUAGUUAUAAUAAUAGAUACAAAAAUGAUGCGAAAAUAUUAGAUAUGAAUCCAAAGAAAAAAAACAAGAAAAAAAAUAAAAUGCUAAAAAAUAAUAAAAAUAAAAAUAAAAAUAAAAAUAAAAAAAAUAAAAGAAAUAAUAAAAGAGGUGGUUGUACUAAAAUGUUCAGAUUUCUUAAAAAAAUAGGAUUAAAUAUUAUUUAUAUUUUUUCAAAAACUAAGAGAAUAUGUAUUGGUAUAUAUGUAUUAUUUAUACAAUUAAUAUUAUCCUUAUUAUUUUCAAUUACACUAAUAUUACAAUCUUUAAUAAACUUAGUAGAAAAGGUAAAUAUAAAUAAUGCAGAUAAUGUGUUUUUAAUAUUUAAUAAAAAAUAUGAAAGAAAAAAAGUAGUGGUAUUUAAUAAUAUAGAGGAAUAUAAUAAAUUUAAUAUUACCAAAUUAUUUUAUUAUUAUAUUAGUAUAUAUAUGAAUAUAGUGAAUUUCUUAUAUUAUAAUAUGUUAUAUAAAAUGAAGAAGAAAAAAAAAGAUUUAUCAGGAGAAGAUAAAAUUUUUAUGAAGAAAUUAAAAAUCAAUUUAAAAAAUAAAAGAAAAUUUUCUUUCUUUAUUAAUUUCUUUUUAAAUAUAUUUAAUAUCAUCAAUAUAUUAUUAUUUGGACACAUAGUUUUCUUACUUUUAUGUUUAUUAACAAUGAAUAAUAUUUUUCAAAAAAUACUUACGGCAUGUAUUAAAUUAGUAUAUUACCAAAGAAAUAAAAAUUAUCUAGAUUUUCUUAAUAAAAACAGUUUUAAUCAUAUGAAUAUUAUAAGUUAUAUUAAAAUUAAUCAAGUUAUAAGUAAAUAUGUAUUAUUAAAAGAACCCUUCAAAUAUUUCUUAUCUCAUCAAGAUUUCUUGGAUAUGAAAGCACCUAAAAAAAGAAAUUAUUUUGUAUAUACCAAAGAGCUUUUCUUUUAUAUACAAGAAAAUAAAAUUGUAUUCUUAUUUAGAAAAAAUGAUAUGAAAAAAAUUGACAUUAUUAUACAUACUACAAAUAAUAGUUUCGCAAUAAAUAGUUACUAUAAGAAAAAGGGUAGUAAGACAGCCAAAAAAAGUAGAUCCAAAAAUACCCCAUCAAAUUAUACUCUUAAUAUGGAACAUGUGACAGGAGAAGAAAAUAAUAGCUUUACUUCAUCUUUAUAUAACAAAACUAACGUAUCGAAUGAUAUAUCAGAGGAUAAAAAUGUCAUAUGUUUUUUAAAUCAAGAAUUAGCUUUAACCAAAAGAAACGAAAUUAUACAUAUAAAUAAUAAAAAUUAUGAUUAUAUUAUUUCCAUAAAAAUAACAAUCAAAAAUAAUAUGAAUGUUAUGGAGAAUAUUUAUUAUAAUCCCAAAAAAUUUUUUAAGUGCUUGUCAAAAAUACAAAAAAGCUUCAAUAAUAUUUAUUUACCUUUAUGUAAAAAUAAUAAUAAUGAAACCAAAAAUAAUAAGGAAAAACAUUUAAAUAACAAAGGUGCAGAUAUAUAUAAAGCAGAUAUAAAUGUAAAAAAAAGGAGAACUUUUUUUUCAGCAAUUAUUUGUUUCUUUAAAAGCAUUUUCAUAUUUUUGUACUUUUGUCUAUGCCCAUGGAAAUUGUUAAAGUUAAAAAAGAAAAAAUCAAAUGAAAAUAAAAAAAAACAGAUGGACGAAAAAGAUAAAGAAAAUGCAGUCCAUAAAAAUAUACAACUAAAACAUAAAAAUAAAAAGGAAAAGACAACACCCAACAGUAUUAUUUUUAAAUUAAACUUUGAAGAUUUUCAAUCAACUUUAAAUAUAUUCGAAUGUUUGUGUAGGAUUAUGAAUAAUAAUUAA